GACUACAGGAGCCCGCAUCCCGGAACAGAUAAUUUGGUUCCUAGACAUCGUCGGAAGGAUUUCGUGGUCGAGCCGCGGCUACUUCCGCUUGUCAUUCAACGAAAUUUCUUUUCGACGGUUUGCUUCAAACAGGAGCUGAAUUCUGUGACCUGACAUCAUGACACUUUUUCACUUUGGAAACUGCUUUGCGCUGGCGUAUUUUCCUUACUUUAUAACAUACAAAUGCAGUGGCCUUUCAGAGUACAAUGCCUUCUGGAGAUGUGUCCAGGCUGGAGCAACGUACCUGUUUGUCCAACUGUGUAAGAUGCUGUUCCUAGCUACGUUUUUUCCCACAUGGGAAGGAGGAGCUGGCGUUUACGACUUUGUAGGGGAAUUUAUGAAGGCCACAGUGGACAUGGCCGACCUGCUGGGUCUCCACCUCGUGAUGUCUCGUAAUGCUGGUAAAGGAGAGUACAAGAUCAUGGUGGCUGCCAUGGGCUGGGCCACAGCAGAGCUCGUGAUGUCAAGGUGUCUUCCUCUGUGGGUAGGAGCCAGAGGAAUCGAGUUUGACUGGAAAUACAUUCAGAUGAGCUUCGACUCCAACAUCAGUUUGGUCCAUUACAUUGCCAUGGCAGCAGUCGUGUGGAUGUUCACACGAUAUGAUCUUCCCAAAAGCUUCAGGGUGCCUGUUACUGUGCUGCUGGCUCUCUGUGUCUACAAAGCUUUCCUAAUGGAGUUGUUUGUCCACGUCUUCCUGCUGGGCAGUUGGACGGUGUUGCUGGUGAAAGCUGUGCUGACCGGUGCCAUCUCUCUCUGCUCACUCUUCCUCUUCGUCACUCUCGUUCACAGCAACUAACGCACACACACAGCACUCUGGGAUAAGCCUCGGACAGUCUCUCGGGUCCAGAUUGGACUGAGGUCGCCAUAAAUCAGAAGCCUGACACCGUAUCAGUCUUGGUGUCGGAGUGAAGCAUUAAAGAUGACCGGCUGGGUGUUUGAACUGGAAAAGGUGCUCAGGUUAAAGCUUUGUCUGCUUUCAGUCAACUACUAUAGAGGCAGAAUGAAUUUGUGACAUGAGGAGGCUUCUGUAAAAUGACUGGCUUACCUGAGCUGUGUUGGUUUCACAAUGUGAAUUUUGUAUCAGGUUGACCACAAGAACAGUCGAGACUGAACUAAUAUAUUUCUUCUUCAUACAUUCUCCAGUGAGCUGCCAUAGAUUAAGUAGUAAAUAGAAAUGGUAACAAAUGAAUAACUGUUUAUUGUGUGGCCCCAAAUAAUCAAUUUAUUUAUACAUCAAUUUAAAUCGAUAAAGCAUAAAUGUGGGACGUUUCUUUUUCUAAUUUCUGAAGUAGAUGUAAAACUAUGAAUGAACUGAAUCUGUAUUAUGACCCCGUUAUGUUGACUUUUAACAUUCUGUGAUUAUUUUUUUUUUUGACAUAAAUAAAUAUCCUUGUAUUGUCUUA